AUGGGUGAUAUUCAAUUUGCGGGUGAUGGGUCGAAAGCUUUACCGCGGGACAAAAGGGUCCCACUACGCGGGAAUGGAAUGGAACGAAGUUACCGGGUAACUAGGAGUGAAGAAGCUCGACCAAAGGGCCCGAAGGGGGGGAACAGAGUUACCGGACAGCACGGUAACAUAAACCGGCGAGAACUUUCUCCAUCGGCGACUAGAGGCAUAAGAAGUUCAGACAGAGAGCUUGAACACUGUUUUGCACCAGGUCAAACUAUGGCAGCAGCUAAUCUCCUUGAAAAAAAAAGUCUUAGUAAAGCUUCAUCUUCCCCGCUACUAACACUGGCGGAAAUCCGUUCUCACUAUUCAGUAAGUAGAGCUUGCGUUCUAAGAAUAAAACGACUGGAACAGAACUGCCGCAUCUCCUACAUCUUUGUUCGGUACACGGGUCUAGCUGACCCUGAAAUUGCUGGGGUUUCGAAAAACACGGGUUUUGAUAUCUUGGUGAAGUACCUACCGAUUUGUGGAGCUACGAGACUUCUUUGCCUAUGGGAUUUCCAAUUAAAUACUAAUACUAAUACUAGGCUUGGUGAGCAAUAUCAUCUCAAGCUUUCACUUGCUACCUAUGCCCGGCCCUUGGACAUUGGAUGGGAGCCCCCUGAAUACCUGAUGCUCGUGGGUUCGACUCUCACUUGGAUGCUUUCUUUGCGCUUGGCUGAUGAAACCCCAAAGACUUCUUUGCCGAAAACCUUAGUUUGGGUCCCUCAAGGUCAUGUUGGAAUCCGAAUAGGCGCAUAUAGGCCUUCUUUUAGUAGCGAAUCUGGAAUAGGUCAUCCGGAAACUCAAAAGUCUCCCGUAUCCAGUAAAUCUGUCUUAUCUCUAUCUGUCGGAAAGGGGCCCUACACUUCUCAGCACAUACAGAUUUCUGCCGAUCCUUCAACCAGUACUGCUUCUCAUGAUUCUCAGUUAAGGGUAAUAGUAGAUGCCAUUGACUCAUCUCUGGCUGCUAACAAUUCCAAUUUGGAUAAUUCUGGUAUUCAGGCUAUUAUGCCUAUUAUCUCUCAGCCUGAUCAUGAACUCAUAAAGAAGAUGGAGUCUAAUAUAUCCCUUUUUGAUCUCCCCGGGGAUAUUUUGGCUUCCUUGCCUCGGCUCAUUCGCUUCCUUUCGCCACUUCCCUCUCGUCAGAAGCUAUCGUCCCUUCUACCCUUACGACAAGAGAAUCAAUGGUACCGCAGUCGUGAGCAAAAACCGAUUCUUUAA